CCAAAGUGCCGGCGAACCAAAUGCUUCAAUGCAAGUUGAGCGCUCGUCGAGACGCAUCCGGGCGAGAGACUUUCGUCGAGAGCGUUUUUUCUCCAAGUUCCGGCGCGAAACGGAGGAAAAGGUUCAAUUGACGAAGAGAAAUCGAAUCAAAUCGCGGUGUCCGAUCGACGUGAAAAAUCCGAUCGGUGGGAAUUUAAUAAUCGAGUGGAAAAAUCGAUGAGGCAAGAUGGCAGGGUAUAUCGAUCUUGGUGCGUCCUUUAUUGUCCUUCUUUUGAUGGUCCACCUGGAGCAGCUGCAACGAGCAGCGGUCGUUGAGGGAAAAAUGGAAGACCAGUUCAAGAAAUGCUGCGACCUCGGUACUUCUUGGGCGAGCGAGGGUCUUAGGUGCGAAAUUGUCGGCCCGGUGGCUGGAGUGCCGAGGGUGGAGCAGGGUCUCUGCCUGGAGAUCGUAGACAUCUGUUGCAUUCGAGCCUACCACGAGUUGGAAUGCGAGAGGGGAAAAGCGGAUGCGCGUCAAGGUCUCGCGUGUGUGACGAGCACGAGCUCCAAGAGCGAGCGGACACCCAAUCGCAGCGGUCACCAUCGCGACUGUUGCGAGGGUUGCAAGCUAGGUCUCCUCGCGGGAUCCAUGGAUCAAGGAUGCUCCUUCAAAAGUUUCUCUUUUGGAAUACCAUGGGAUCCUGCGUUCUUGGAGUGUUGUCGUGAAACGUCGCCGAGCUCCACGACGGAUCUUACGAGUGAACCAUCGAGCGAAAGCACGGAAUUCGAUCUGGAUUUCUUGUCAUCAUCGUCGCCUUGGCCGUCAUCAUCACCGUCGCCAUCAUCGUCAUCGUCACCAUCAUCGUCAUCGUCACCAUCAUCGUCAUCGUCACCAUCCUCGUCAUCGUCGCCAUUAUCAUCAUCAUCAUCAUCAUCACCAUCAUCAUCAUCAUCACCAUCAUCGUCAUCGUCACCAUCAUCAUCAUCAUCAUCGCCAUCAUCAUUAUCGUCACCAUUAUCGUCAUCGUCGCCAUCAUACUCAUCAACGUCGUCAUCACCGUCAUUGUCAACCUCAUUAUCAACGUUUUCACCUUCAUCGCCUUUAUUUUCCACACCGUCGGACGAUCCAUCUUCUGUACCAUCGAAAUCCACAUAUUCGGUCCCAACUCCAGAGUUGGACGAUAUCUGUCGACUUAUGCAAGGCAUGCUUUGUUCUGACAUUUGCGUACCGACGCCAGGCUCGUAUUAUUGCAAAUGCCGCGACGGUUUUACUUUAUUGGAGGACGGGAAGACUUGCAGUCAAGAUCUGCCGACUGACAGAUGCAAAUCGACUCACCCCUGUGAACAACGAUGCACCGACAAUGGGGUGGCUGUCAUAUGCAGCUGUAAUCCAGGAUACGACUUGGCCGAUGACGGACGUUCGUGUAUUCCAAAGUCGCCCAAGGAUAAGAAGAAACCAGAUGCAGAGGACGAGGAUAACGAAUUGUCACCGUUGUGUCCAUCGGGUUAUCGUUAUAAUGCCACUAAUCAGGUGUGCGACGACGUAGACGAGUGUCUGGAGCCGGACACGUGUCUUGGUGGUAGAUGCCAAAACACCAUAGGAUCGUACGUCUGCAUCACAGUGAGAUCCGCCAAAAACGCACCCUACGAAGCUUGUCCCCCGGGCUAUCAAUGGGAGACACGUACAGGUUUAUGCGUAGAUAUCGACGAGUGCACCGUCUUAUCGGACGCUUGCGCUGCUGAUAAACCAUUUUGCGUCAACACGCAAGGUAGUUACACGUGCCUGGAGAAGACCGGGGUGAAGUCUUGCCCCGCGGGAUUUAAGUUUGACAGAUCGUUGCAGCAAUGCAGAGAUGUGGACGAGUGCGCGGAGGCUAUUCACAGCUGUCUGACAGAUGUCGAGCAAUGUCGGAACACCGAGGGUGCUUACGAGUGCGACAUGAAGUGCGGGAACGGAUUCACGUACAAUAUCGGUUUGGGUACUUGUGUCGACAUAGACGAAUGCAUCGAAUCGAACAAUCCGUGUCCCGAUCCCAGCACGAUAUGCGUUAACACGGAAGGUGCAUACAAGUGUAUGAAAACUCUGUCAAGUGUACUUCCGGUUAUCCCGAUCGAGAAGAAUCCCACAAUGGAUCUUGCCGAUCACCGAAAGAACGCUCGACCGAUUUGUUCCGCGGGGUACAAACCGUCAAACGACUCUGGAAUGACGAAAUGCGUCGACGUCGACGAGUGCAGCGAACAAUUGUACUCUUGCGAGCACAACGAGCGUUGCGUCAAUGAACUGGGUAGUUACAGAUGCGUACCAGUUGAAAAGAGCGAGAAUACAUCCGCCACGGAGAGCGAUGACGAUCAACGCGACGAUGGACGUAGCCAAGGCUACAAGUCGGCAGGAACGAGCAGCGUUAUUUCGCCAGUCAUGAACGAGAUCGAGGAUUGCGGCAGCGGAUACUUUUUCGAUAGAAAAUCUCGUCGCUGCAUCGACGUCAACGAAUGCGUCAACGGAAUAGCGGCAUGUGGAAUAGGCGAGCGUUGCGUCAACACACAAGGUAGUUAUCGAUGUUUCCCGACUUGUCCAUCCGGUUUUCGGGCGCGCAACGACUCCCGAUUCUCCGAUGAGGCUGAAGGAUCUUGCGAGGAUGUGAACGAGUGUGCGCUUGGUUUGCACACCUGCAACACGUUGACUCAUUAUUGCCUAAAUACGAACGGUUCCUACGUUUGCGAAGCGUUCACCACCACUACCAGCACCACCAGCACUACCACUACCAAGCCUAUCACUGCUAGUAGCGCAAUAACGAGGAGACCGUUCAUCGGAUCGCGUUACAACAAGGGAUACGUGUCCAGAAGUAGCCCCAGUCAAGAUCGUUAUUGGUCCACGGAACCGUGUGGACUUGGGUACAAGAGAGACGCGAAUACGGGCUUUUGCGUGGACAUAGACGAAUGCGCGGUUGGUCCAGGAUGUCGCGAUCACGAGAGAUGCACAAAUACACCAGGAGGCUACGAUUGUUCCCCUUUGUGCAGUACCGGCUGGUACUUUAGCACGACAACAAGAGGUUGUCAGGACGUGGACGAGUGUCUGUUAGGUCGACACGAUUGUCCUCAACUUCGCAUAGGUGUGAAAUGCGUCAACACCAACGGAUCCUUCGUUUGCGAAAUGAUACCUCCCUGCAGCCGCGGCUUCAGACGAACCUUCAAUGGCACCUGUUUGGAUAUCGACGAGUGCUCCGAGAACCUGCACAACUGUCGGCUUGACCUGCAUCAGUAUUGCAUUAACAAAGAGGGCGGUUUCGAGUGUUUAACGAGGCUACCCACUUGCCCGUCCGGGUACCAAUAUUCUUUGGGCACUCGACAAUGUGAGGAUAUCGAUGAAUGUUUGACCGGGCAAUACAAGUGUGACGCAAAGAUCUCCGAAAGGUGUGUCAAUCUGCCGGGUACAUACAGGUGCGAAAGAUCUCCUCCCCCUCGUCAACGUCAACGACCUGCUUGUCCUUCCGGCUAUCGAUAUCACACUCGCUUUCGCAUGUGCACAGACGUGGACGAGUGCGCGGAGGGAAUGCAUUCGUGCGGCGACGAGAUCUGCUACAAUCAACCGGGUGGUUACAGCUGUGCAAAACCGCCUGUCCCUAUCCCAGUCACCAGGAAACCACCCACGACGGCGAUGCCGGCAUCGGCAGAUCAAAAGUGCAUGGACGGCACCAGGUUUGUGAGAAACCGCGGCUGCGUCGACAUCAACGAGUGCAGGGAAGUCGAGGACGCUUGCAGCAGCAACGAGGAGUGCAUCAACACCAUGGGCAGCUACGUUUGCACUUGCAAGACUGGUUUUAGGCGUGACAAUCUUACGCAGGCUUGUGUCGACAUCAACGAGUGUCAAUUGCAGGAGAAUAAUUGUCUGCCGACUCAAAGAUGCGACAACACGAUCGGAAGUUAUACGUGCGUGCGUUUCCUGCCAUGCGGUACCGGCUAUACCCUAAACGCAGCCACCGAGAUCUGCGAGGAUGACGACGAAUGUAUCCUUGGUACCCACGAUUGCGGGCCCGGGUAUCAAUGCAGAAAUACUCUGGGCUCGUAUCGCUGCGAUCGUAUUCCGCGCAUACCGACUUCGCAGGCUCGUACAUCGCCGAUGACGACAGCGCGGAUGACAGCGAUGACGACGACGACGUCGACGACGACGCCGAACCCGGCCAAUCCUCAACCAAAUUGUCCACGCGGCUUCGAGCCCGGCUCUGGUGGCAAGUGCAUGGACAUAGAUGAGUGCCAGAGAACGCCGAAUAUUUGCGGCAGAUCUAUGCAAAUGUGCAUCAACACUCUGGGAUCAUACAGAUGCAUGUCCAGAGUACUCUGCGCGCCCGGUUACACCCUGGACCCCGUGUCCGAGCAGCGUUGCAUCGACGUGGACGAAUGUCGGGAAGGUACACAUGAGUGCGGAAAAGGGCAGACUUGUGAGAACAGACUGGGUGGAUAUCACUGCAUUUGUCCGUCCGGUCACGCGACCGGCCCGAACAAUGACUGCGUUGACAUCGACGAAUGUAGCAUUUAUGGCAGCAGAAUUUGCGGAUCCAAUAGCCGCUGCGAGAACACCAUUGGCUCUUACAAAUGUUUGUGCGACGAGGGCUUUGAAAACGUCGGGGGUGCCUCCGGCGCUUGCCAAGAUAUCGACGAGUGUGAGCGAACAGCUGGGCUCUGUCAGCACAUGUGCAUGAACGUUUGGGGCAGCUACAGAUGCGGAUGCGAAGCCGGAUUCAGGCUGAACACAGACAAUCGAACCUGCAGCGACAUCGACGAGUGCACGGAAUUCAAGGACGACAAUCUCUGCAUCGGCAUCUGCGAGAACACCCCGGGCAGUUACACGUGCAAGUGUCCCAAUGGAUAUAGGCUCGGUAUCGAUGGUCGAGCUUGUCAAGAUAUCGACGAGUGCGCGACCGGCCAGGUCUGCAGGGAACCGGACGAGAUGUGCCAGAACAUGCGCGGCAGCUUCCGCUGCAAUCGGAUAGAGUGUCCCUCGGGAUAUCACCGGGACCCCGUGAGGAAAAACCGCUGCGUACGCUCCGCGAAAUAUUGCCGUGUGGACGAUCUGUCUUGCCUUCGGUCACCCUCGCAUUACUCCUACAACUUCAUCACCUUCGUGAGCAUGUUGCCGAUUCCGUCGACCGGCCGACUGGAGCUAUUCACCAUGAGAGGUAGCCAUCAGCCCGACUCGAUGAUACAAUUCACCAUGGCUUUGGUGGACGUGCGAGCACCACCGGGUAUCUCGCGUGCCACCGAGUCCUGCUUCUCCCUGAAGAAACCGUCGUCGUCUCAGGCGGUCCUGGUGCUGACGCGCAGCAUCCCGGGUCCGCAGGAGAUCGAGCUGGACCUUAGCAUGGAGAUCUAUCACAACGCCUUGUUCGUCGGCAGCGCGGUCGCCAAGAUCUUCAUCUUCGUUUCGCAGUACGAAUUCUGAGAAGGAGAGGAUUCCUCGAAUAGAGGUAAGAUUAGUGGAAAGAUUAAUAGAGAGACGGAAGAUGAUCGUAGAAUAAAAUGAUGUAAUCUCGUAUUCUACGCGACAAUUUCUUGGAAGAUGUGGAAUCUUUUCCGAGUUUAAGGAUUGUAAGGAUUGAACGCGCACAAGUUUUAUCGAAUUUAAGCAUAUUAGUCUUCAUCUUCCAAGGAGAUGGAACAAAUUAACAUUUUAAGCGAUAUAUGUUUAAGCAUUUAAUGGUACGAGUUUUUUUAUUGUUUGCUCAUUUUUAGAGAAAAGAGAAAAAAAAACGAAACAUUCAAAUAAAUAUCUCAUAUUUCAUUCUACACUAGUAUUUUAACAGUAGAUGUGUAUAAAAAAAAAAAUUAAAUGUACAUAUAUAUAUAUAUAUAUAUAUAAUUUCUUGUAAGUUACAUGUAAAGGACUUGGAAUAAACUUAUGUUAGAUGUGAA